AUGAUAAGCCUACUGAUUAUCUCAUUAUUAUUCUGCUUAUGUUUCAAUUGUGAAUUACAUAAUCAGUCAUUACAUCAUCAUCAUAACAGUAUAGAUUAUCAUCUAUUAUGGACAAUAUGGAAAUUACGUUAUCAUCAAUAUUAUAGAAAUCAAAUUGAUGAAAUCAAUUCUUUUACAUUAUGGAAAAUCAAUAUUGAUCAAAUUUUAUUACAUAAUUUAUAUUAUGAUUUACAAUUAAAAACUUAUCGUAAAUCAAUAAAUCAAUAUACCGCUAUAAAUUGGAAUGAUUUUUAUCAAAAUAAAAAAAAGAAAUUAAACUUAUUACAUCAUCAAAAAAAUCGAUUAUUAUUAUUAGUUAAGGAGAAAUAUAGAAGUAUCAAUCGAACAAAUAAUAAUCAUAAUGAUUUACCAGAUAUGAUUGAUUGGAGGGAUAAUGAUACUGUGACACCAGUAAAAACACAAAAGGAUUGUGCAUCUUCAUGGGCAAUUGCCUCAGUCGAAGCGCUUGAAGGGCAACUUAAAAGAAAAACAGGAAUUCUUACCCCAUUAUCAUCACAACAACUGGUAGAUUGUACUGGAGAUCGUGAAUGUGUAGAGAAUCCAGUAUCAGUGGCAUUUGAUUAUAUAAAAGAGUAUGGUGUAGAAUCUCAAGAAGAUUAUCCUUUUACUGGUAAAGUUGGGAAUUGUACAUAUAGUUCAUCAAAGAGUGUGACAACUUUAUCCUCUUAUAUACAAGUGGAUGAUAAUGAGGAGGAACUUCAAAAAGCUGUGUAUAAUAUUGGCCCUAUAGCAGUAAGAAUUACUAUGACUCAGGAAUUUCUUACUUACGGGAGUGGAGUUUUAUUAAUAGACGACUGUCAAAAUGAAGAACCAUUCGAAUCCGUUUUACUUGUAGGUUAUGGUAUAGAGAAUGAAAUACCAUAUUGGUUAGUUAAAUUUAGUUUGGGUGAAGAAUUCGGUGAUCAUGGUUAUAUGAAAUUAGCCAGAAAUCAUAAAAAUAUGUGUCAUAUUGCUAGUUUUGCAUAUUAUCCUGUCAUAUGAUCGAUAUUUUAUGCCAUAAUAUGAACUAAUAAUGAGCCGGUAAAAAUCAGUAACGUAGCCAAGUUUAACAUAAUGAUUCCAUAGUAUCAUUUAUACUCUUCAUUAUUUUGUUUAUUAAAUUCUUUACCAUACAAUUUGUAGUAUUAUUUCAUACCAAGCUUCAGUUUCCAUGAAUCGGACUAUUGAUAUUGGUUUAAGCGUCUUUAUUUAUUUAUUUUAACACA